AGACAACACUGUAUAACAUAACCUAAAUUAUAUUGAUAUUUUUAGAUUUGAAUAUUAUUAUUUGUUUUUAAAAGAGGUGCUUAAAAAGUUAUAAAUUAGUUAUAUUUAAACCCUGUGUUUUGAAUAUUUCUAGUUGUUAAUUAAUAAUUCUUUUAAAAUUGAUAAAUAAUGGUUUUUAAAUGUCAAUCAGAUUCCUUUUUAAAGGAGUUUGAGUCAAGGGUAAUAUCUUGCGAAAAAACAGAAGUUAUUUUUACAGAAAAUGGAAAACUAGUUAAAAAAGAUAUGCAUGCAGUGAUCUUGGAGGAUACAAUUUUAUUUCCUGAAGGUGGUGGACAGCCCUCUGACCAUGGUUUUUUUAACAACAUUCCAGUCAAGCAAGUUAUUAGAAAAGAAGAUAAAGCAAUACAUUACACUGAAAAAGCAUUUAAUGUUGGAGAAACUGUGAAACAAAUUAUAGAUUGGGAAAGAAGAUUUGAUCAUAUGCAACAACAUUCUGGUCAACAUCUUCUUACAGCAAUGCUUGAAAAAAAAUAUAAAAUUCCAACCAUAUCUUGGUGGCUUGGUGAAGAGUUAUCAUAUGUCGAAUUAGGAGCUCCAACAAUAUCCACACAGCAAUUAAAAGAUACUGAAGAUGUAAUUAAUGAAAUAAUCAGGAAUGGCAACAAGGUAACUGUACAGAUUUUUAAUGAAGAUACUCCAGAAGAAGACUUAAAAGAGGCCAGAAGUAACAGAGGAUUACCCAAUGAUCACAAAGGUGAUAAAAGAGUUAUAAACAUUGAUGGCAUUGACAGUUCUUUAUGUUGUGGUACACAUGUUAAUAAUUUAAGCCAGUUGCAAGCAUUAAAAUUAUUACAUUCUGAAAAGAAGAAAAAUAAAACUUUGUUAUAUUUUUUAUUUGGAAAUAGAGUAAUUCAAAGACUAAACACAUCAAUUGAACGAGAACAGAAAUUGACUAAAUUAUUAAAAAAUAAUCCUGAUGAACAUGCUAGUCUUAUUGAAAAACUUCAAAAAAAUGUCAAAUUAUUAAAUAAAAACCUACAAAGUGUUCUAAAAGAUAUUGCUUUGGUUCAAGCAAAACGACUUAAUGAAACUUGUCCUACUCCACAAUAUUAUUUCUAUCACAAAUCAGAAGCAGACCCAGAUUUUAUGAAUACUUUUAUUAGGGAGUUAGGGAGAAGUGAUAUAUUCUUGUUUUUGUCUACUGGAGAUGAUAAAAAAGAUGGAAACAUUGUGUUAUAUGGAAAUGAAAAGGCAGUAGAUGAUCUGAAAAAUUUAAUUUGUGAUAUUCUACAAGGAAAAGGUGCUGUUCAAGGCAACAAGUUUCAAGCAAAAGUAUCCAAAAUGGCUAAUCUUAUUAAAGCCCAGGAUUAUGUUAUAAAAUAUUUUAAAGAAGAAUAAAUAAUUAAGAUAAUAAUAUUGUAUUGUAUUUUAAG